AUGGCUAAGGUAAUUGUGGGGGUGGCGGCGGCGGUGUUGGCUGAGCGGUCCUCUCACGUCAGCUUCAGUCUGGGCGGCGCUCCGCCUGUACGCUACGGUUCCCUGACUCCUCACUCAGCUCCUCACACUGCUCCUCACUCAGUUCCCCACUCAGCUUCUCGCUCAGAUUCUCUCACAGUAUCUGACUCGGCUCUUCACUCAGCUCUUCACAUAGCUCCCCACUCAGCUCCCCAAUCAGCUCCUCACAUAGCUCCCCACUCAGCUCCUCACUCAGCUCCCUACUCAGUUCCCCAGUCAGUUCCUCACUCAGCUCCCCACUCAGCUCCCCACUCAGUUCCCCACUCAGUUCCCCACUCAGCUCCUCACUCAGCUCCCCACAUAGCUCCUCACCCAGCUCCUCACUCAGCUCCCCACAUAGCUCCUCACUCAGCUCCUCACUCAGCUCCCCACUCAGUUCCCCACUCAGUUCCCCAGUCAGUUCUCCACUCAGCUCCCCACUCAGCUCCCAACUCAGCUCCCCACUCAGCUCCUCACUCAGCUCCCCACUCAGCUCCUCACUCAGCUCCCCACUCAGUUCCCCACUCAGCUCCUCACUCAGCUCCCCACAUAGCUCCUCACUCAGCUCCUCACUCAGAUUCUGACACAAUUUCUGACUCGCCUCCUCACAGGGUUCCUCACAGCGCUCUGUCGCACCACCCCGCGUCUCUCUACCACCGUCGUCCAGCAUAUACCCCAGCACUCACACACAGCCCACAACCACAGUAUUACACAAAGCCUUUAUUCCGACCCGAGCCUGAUUCCCUUUCCAGCCCCCAUGACCAAGCCAAGUCUACACUCCUCUCCCAGCCCAAAUACAAACACGACCCUGACGUCCCCGCCUGCGCUGAAGACUAUAUGAGGCCGUGGUGUCUCGAGGACAUGGAGUACCCCAUCUACGAGGUCAAACACGCUGCUGAAGAACAUUUCGAUAAGCUUCUCUCUCUCUUCGCUAACGUGGCUGACCUAGGUGCUAAAACCUCCGUUUACCGUCCUAAGACCGUCGAGGAGGAGACUUAUCUCUGCCCUUCAGACACUACCUAUAUCAUGCCUCUGCGAGCGCAAAACACCGAAGGCAAGUGGCGCGUCAUCGUUAACAACAUCAAUGUCCAUUACCAGACUCUCAAGCAGACAGCACGCGUCGAAGAGUGUUUGUCAUCCGGCAAGACUUGCCCUCUGGUGCCUGAGUGUUACGAGUCCAAGUGCCUGCAGAAGUUCAUCUACCACCGCUUCCUCGUCUACGACCCCUAUGAUCAGUACUUCCCCUUCGCCAUCGAGACCUUCAAGCUGCCCGCCAGCUGCGCCUGUCUCCUGGGCGCCUACACCAUCGACCACUAAAACCAGCUCAUCACAGAUCUAAUAUAUAAUGUAAAAUAAGUUCCAACUUAAUACUUUGUGAACAUUAGUUCCCACUGCGUUAGUCUAGGAGCAGCCUCAGGCGGUAUCCUGAGGGAGGAAGACAAGACAACACCAAGGGAUCCAUCGCCCCAGGCAUGAUGAAGACACCUACGUGAAGAAAGCAGUUCUCUGGUCAUCUCUUGAGAUUACUUUGGUGUAUCUUUCGUA